AUUGAGAACAGCAGUAAGUGGCACAUCCAUUGAAAUAAUAAUUGUUCGAAAGUAGUGAAUUGUGCAUCCUUGAGAUGCUCUCUGGAAAAAGAAGCCUCUGAAACUGAGGAAAAAACAGGUGGAUGAAUGCAGGAAGCAACUGAACUAUCUGGAAGAAAGAAGUGGGUUUCUCAGUGUUAAAAUCUGAGUUCUGCCUUUUGGAGAUGGAUAUGCCAGUGUGUGAGUAAGCAGGAAGUAACUCAGCAAUAAUGUCCCUCCAACAGUGACAUAUUCUUUAAAAACUGAGGGAAAAUCCAGUCAGGUUUUUCAGUGAAGACUGUGGAACUGUUCUUCCUUGACUCCUGCUGUGUGAGAUCAGCUAUGGAACAUGCUAAGGAACAUGAAGCAUGUCCUGAACAAACUCGGAGGUAUUGUGUAGAGAGACCAAUAUAUAACCAAGAGCUCUUGCAAGGACAGCUGCACAGGCGACAAAGAACACCUCAGACUUUAAAGCAGAAGAUUGCACAUUCUUGUCGUUGUACUUCUAAGAAAGCCAAGUCUCAUCUUUACAGUUUCUUACCAAUUUUAAAAUGGCUUCCUCGUUACCCAGUGAAGGAAUACUUAUUAGGAGACAUUAUCUCAGGUAUAAGCACUGGAGUUAUGCAGCUUCCUCAAGGUUUAGCCUAUGCUUUGCUGGCAGCUGUUCCCCCAGUAUUUGGCCUAUAUUCUUCAUUUUAUCCUGUUUUUCUAUAUACCUUUUUUGGAACGUCCAAGCACAUAUCAAUAGGCACCUUUGCUGUGGUUAGUAUGAUGGUUGGUGGUGUUGCUGUGAGAGAAGUGCCUGAUGAAAUGAUUUCUCUGGACUAUAAUUCUACUAAUGUUACAGAUGCUAGGGAUACCAAAAGGGUGCAGGUAGCCGUGACUCUCGCCUUUCUUUCAGGAAUUAUCCAGUUGUGUUUAGGUUUCCUUCGAUUUGGAUUUGUGGCCAUCUAUCUAACAGAGCCUCUGGUGCGCGGAUUUACUACUGCAGCUGCAGUUCAUGUCUUUACUUCUCAAUUAAAAUAUUUCCUUGGCAUCAAGACUAGCAGAUAUAGUGGACCCCUCUCAGUUGUAUAUAGCAUAGCUGCUGUACUUUCAAAUAUUACAAUGACCAAUAUUGCUGCCUUGAUUGUUGGAUCAACGUGCAUUGUUCUGUUGCUGAUUGGCAAGGAAAUCAAUGACCGGUUUAAGAAGAAGCUCCCGGUUCCUAUUCCCAUGGAGAUCAUUGUGGUCAUUAUUGGCACAGGAGUUUCAGCUGGAAUGAAUCUGAAUAAGUCAUACAAAGUUGAUGUUGUUGGGAAUAUUCCUCAAGGGUUACGUGCACCAGCAGUUCCCGAGAUUCAGCUCAUCCCAGCAAUAUUUGUGGAUGCACUAGCAAUAGCAAUAGUUGGAUUUUCAAUGGCUGUAUCAAUGGCCAAGAUCUUUGCCCUUAAACAUGGUUACACCAUCAAUGGGAAUCAGGAACUUAUUGCCUUGGGAAUAUGCAAUUCUGUGGGGUCGUUUUUCCAAACCUUUUCAGUCACCUGUUCAAUGUCUCGGAGUCUUGUUCAGGAAAGCACCGGUGGAAGAACUCAGAUUGCAGGUGCUCUCUCUUCAGUUAUGGUUCUGUUGGUACUUGUGGCUGUUGGAUACCUCUUUGAACCUCUUCCACAGACAGUGCUGGCAGCAAUUGUCAUGGUGAACCUCAAAGGAAUGUUUAAACAGUUUGGAGAUGUCACACACUUCUGGAAAACCAGUAAGAUUGAACUGGCCAUCUGGGUGGUAGCUUUUGUGGCUUCUCUUUUCCUGGGACUAGACUAUGGUUUGCUUACUGCAGUAACGUUUGCAAUGAUAACCGUUAUUUACAGAACACAAAGUCCUCAAUACAGAAUCCUUGGUCAGAUUCCUGACACUGACAUCUACUGUGAUGUGGAAGAGUACGAAGAGGUUAAAGAAUAUCCUGGAAUAAAAAUAUUUCAAGCUAAUACAUCACUUUAUUUUGCUAAUAGUGAGUCAUAUGCAAGUGCGCUGAAGAAAAAGACUGGAGUGGACCCUUGUGCCAUAUUAGCAGCGAGGAGAAAAGCCCAGAAGCGACAUGCCAGGGAAAUAAAGGCAGCAAAUGAGCACCGAAAGAAAGCUGUAUUGAAACUAGUGAGUUCUUCGACUAAUGACGUAGAAGCAAGUGUAAAACACGAGAUAGCAAAUGAUGACUUACCCGUGAAUGGAAAAUUUGCAGAUUCUGGUGUACAAGACGUGUCUCCUGAUGAGCAUGAACAUUUUGUGGAGACCAAAACCAACAUUCGCUCUUUAAUUCUGGAUUUCACCCCGGUGAACUUUGUGGAUUCAGUUGGAGCAAAAACACUAAAAUCAAUUAUAAAAGAAUACAAAGAAGUUGGUGUCUGUGUCUGCAUUGCCUGCUGUAGUGGCCCUGUUAUGAAUGAGCUGACAAGACUGAACUUUUUUGAUAAGGCUGUAACAAGAGAGUUGCUGUUUCACAGUAUUCAUGAUGCUGUCCUUGCUUGCCAAGUGAAAGAUGGGUCUGCUUUUACAGACUGACUUUGACCUCUGAAGAGUGGCAUCGAGCAGAAUGGAAGCCAGAUUUAUGCUGAUGGAGACUCUUUCUGAAUAUUUAAUUUGCACAGUUUGAAGAGAGCCUAAGGCUGUUUGUAUCUACGGGUAUAGGGUGGUACUUAUUUUUUUGUAGGAAGAGUGGAUAAGGAAUUGGAAGCCUUCAUGCUCUUGAAUGUUUUCCUUUAAUCAGGGUAUAGCCUUCCAACAAUACACAAGCACAAAAUUAUGCAAGAAAAGAAAAUUCAGUGUGUUCUGCUGCAGUCAAAAUCUAGUAGACAAGGUGACAUUCCUGUUCCUGUUGAGAAAAUGGGCACUUUAACUCACUACAAGUGGGAUCUUGCAGGAAGUAACUGUCUGCAAGUGCAAUACACUGUACCAGUGUCUUUAAAGAACUUUUUUAGAAGGCUUUUAAAGCCUGAUGUCAACAUCUGCAUACAACAGAUUCAUACAAUUUAUAAUAAUCUGCCAGCUGGAUUAAUGAAUUCACACUGGUGGCGUUUAACUGCUGCUGUUUUUAACCCUGGAUGGUACAGUUGUUUGUUUUUUUUUAAAGAUCUAACCUGUCUCAACUAUACUCAACUCUUCAUUUUUGCUAUGAGUGAACAUGGAAUCAGAAACUCAUUGUUUAAUUAUUACGUUAUCAAUAUGGUACUUUUACUGCCAAAACCUAGUUAGACUUUCUAGAAGAGAAUACAAUUGAUUUUAAGCUAAAAUUAAUUUAGCUUCAAAAUUUGAAGACAAAACGGGUUUGAGGCAGGAGUGAAGUCUAUUUAAAUUAAGAACUGGUGCCCUAGGUGCAGCCUCUGAAGCUGGAAUGAAAAUGUAGACACAGUCUAAAGUCUCAGUGGUCCAAAAAAAAAAA